GUCAACAAAGCAAGCUGAAUUAUGACAAUGGCGGUAAGCUCACAAGAGAGAUAUGAUAAGCUAUAUACUGCUUAUUAUAACUUCCUUGUUAAGCAGCUGGGUUAUCGACUUAUUCGCAUUUCGGAUCUUGGAAACACCGACGUGGUGAAUAUCCUCUCGCUACCUCAGCACCCUACUUGGAGCAGAGUCGAGCUCAACGAUGGAUCCUGGGAGUAUGGUAUGCCUAUCAGUCAUAUCAAUGAUUUUCAAAAACUUGUCCAGAACGUUUCCAAAGCGAAGAUUGACUUGGAGUAUAAUCCGCUUUCUCUGCUUGAAGGCGACAUUGACUUCCAUGCGGCCCACGGUCUGAACGGUAUCUGGCUUGAAGCACGAGCUACACGUGUCUAUGGGAUUCCUAGAUGUUUUUACAUGCUCCUUAUCUAUAUCCAAAGAAUGAUUGCCAAGGAGCUCGGUCGCCAUCUCGUUUAACAAGGACACCAUCCGCAUUCCUGUACGACUUUCGAAUUAUUUUUUUUUUCUCUCUCUGAUGUACAGCUCCAAGCCAAAGAGAUUGAUGUAUUAUAUUUUGUACUCUAGUUUUCUUCCUCGAAA